AUGGUGAUCUGCUGCGCCGCCGCCAACUGCUCCAAUCGGCAGGGGAAGGCGCACCGGGGCGCCGUCUCCUUCCACAGAUUCCCUUUGAAGGAUUCAAAGCGUCUGAUACAGUGGCUGAAAGCUGUUCAGAGAGACAACUGGACUCCCACCAAGUAUUCAUUUCUUUGCAGCGAGCAUUUCACCAAAGACAGUUUUUCUAAGCGGCUGGAAGACCAGCACCGGUUGCUGAAGCCCACUGCUGUCCCUACUAUCUUCCAGCUUGCAGACAGAAAACACGACAACCUGGAUUAUGUCAGAAGCAGAAGAAAAAUAGCAAGCCAGGUACCGCUGCAGGAUGGAGAAGACCCAAGGGAAGGAGGCUGUGAGGUAGUUCAGAGGACUUCGUCUUCCAGCCAGGACUUCAUGGUGAUGCAAGGGACGAAAGAGAUGGAGGAGGCAACUUUGCAGGCGGAAAUCCGGUCGAUGUCCGAGGAGGAAGAGAACCUCCACAGCCAGCUGGAUGGCCCUCGGAGAAGGACGUUAGGUGAUAGUUUGGUUGCAAAGCCUGGACCUCAGAAAAAGCCUGAGAGAUCAUCUUUGGAGGACUGUCCUGAGGCCACCUGGACGGGAAGCUGGGUAGCAGACAGAAGUGGUGUGUCAGUCGACGACUUCACACCUCCUGCCUCUGGUGCUUGCAAGUUCAUCGGCUCCCUUCAUUCUUACAGCUUUUCCUCUAAGCAUGCCAGAGAGAGGCCAUCUCUCCCGAAAGAGCAGCUGGAAAGGAAAAGGCCAAAGAGAGACAUGGAACCAAGCUGCAGCAGCCAUCUUACGGGACACGAUAAGGCCGUAGCAGAAGGCUCCCCUACUUCAUCCCUCACCGCGACCCCUCAGAAGCCUUCCCAGGCUCUGUCAGCAUCCCCAGCAGACCUUACCCCUCAGCCUGCCGCUGAGGCCGUGGUGGGGCGGAAGGGUGACACAGACGCCAACCCCAUGUCGAUCAAUGAGGUCAUCAUGUCGGCCUCGGGGGCUUGCAAGCUCAUCGACUCCCUCCACUCGUACUGUUUCUCCUCCAGGCAGAGCAAAAGCCAGGUGUGCUGCUUGCGUGAGCAGGUAGAAAAGAAGAACGGGGAGUUGAAACUUUUGAGGCAGAGGAUCAGUCGCUCUGACAGUCAAGUCAGGAAGCUGAAGGAGAAGCUAGAUGAGCUGAAGAGGAUCAGUUUCCCUUACUUGAACAGCCUGCUAUCCCAGGACUGUGAGACCCCCCAGCUGAAUCCUGUGAUGGAGCCCCUGUCCUGGAUGUUGGGCACCUGGCUCUCGGACCCACCAGGGGAUGGCACCUUCCCUACAAUGAAGCCCUUCCAGUACCUGGAGGAAGUGCACAUCUCUCACGUGGGGCAGCCCAUGCUCAACUUCUCGUUCAACGCCUUCCAUCUGGACACCAGGAAGCCCAUGCACCGAGAAUGUGGAUUCAUCCGCCUCAAACCAGACACUAACAAGGUGGCCUUCAUCAGUGCCCAGAACACAGGUCUGGUGGAGGUGGAGGAAGGGGAGGUGAAUGGACAAGAGCUGUCUAUAGCUUCUCAUUCCAUAGCCAGGAUUUCCUUUGCCAAGAAGCCCCAUGUAGAGCAGAUUACCAGAAAAUUCAGGCUGAAUUCUGAUGGGAAACUCGAACAAACUGUCUCAAUGGCAACCACUACGCAGCCCAUGACACAGCACCUCCACAUCACCUACAAGAAGGUGACACCCUGAUGCUGGGAGGGCUGUGUCCCCCCACCACGGGUGAGGAGCAGGGCAUCCUGCACCAAGAGCAGCAGCAGCUCGGGAGCACAGCAUGGCAGACCCUGCAGCUGGCUUCCUGCACUUGCCCCCCCAGGGCUGCAGGGCUGCCCGUCCUAUUGAGAAUGUUCCUCAGAU